AUUUAUUUAAACAAUGCCUUUGCUCUGGAUUCAUCAUGGAUACAUCCUGAGGAGCUACGAAUCUACCAGGGACACGAUAAACCUCUUGUUAUGACAAAUCAAGUAGCUGUGGCUUUAUCUAGGCCAGCUACUGCCCCUAGGCCUCUUCCUGCAGUGGUGUUAACACCCCAGCCUAUUCCAG